AUGAAACAGCAACAGCGGCCAAGGAGAGGCCCAGAGCGAACGACAGCUCACGCUUCUCGUCUCCCUCCUUUUCUCCUCGCUAUUGUGGGAGCUGGACAGUCUCUCUACAAUCCUAUUCUUCCAUUGACGCUAGGCUUCGCUGCUGAGCAGGUCUCUCUUUUUCUCAAGAUGGCUACGUUUUUCCAGAGCGUGCGUCAAGGCUUCGGCCGGGGGGGCAACAACAAAAACUCCAAUAAUCCACCCAAGAUGAACAAUGGCGGUCAGGGCCAACAAACGGCACAGACGCAACACAUUGUGCCUGGCGCACAAGGUCUCAAUAAUUCUCCCUCGGUCGCAUCCAACCUGUCCACCGACGUUGCUUCCAAUAACGAAGAUGCCCCCAAGUACUUUUUCCAGGAAAAGUACGCUCCGUUGAACGUGAAGGGGAAUUUCUUGACACUUUGCGCUUGCCCAAAAAAUGUCGAGCUGGGGGAAUGGCUUGCUCAUCAAAUUGUUGAGCAAUAUCGGCUACUUCACGGUAUGCUGCAAGUCAUUCAGGAAGUCAACACCGUGAAUGGUCUUCCUAUUUGCAAUGAGAACACUUGUCCAACAAUGUCUGCUGGUCGUUUGACCUACACCUGGCUCGUGGACGGUCGUGCAGCGAAAAUUUCUGCACCCAAGUUCAUCAACCGAGUAGAGAAGUGGAUUGUGAGCAAGAUCCACGACCCUGUCAUGUUUCCCACGGAUCCCGUCCAGGGAGCACCCUAUACAUACGCCUCUGGAGAUGUCUCAACUCCUCCUGCCACUACCCCGAUUGCGGCAGGCCCCACCAACCUGAACGCCUCUUUGACUUCCCUUGCUGGUCAGGAAUGGAUUGGCAAAUCCAGCGGAUUUCCCCCUACCUUCUACAAAGAUUGCCAAGGAAUCAUGAAGCAAAUGUUCCGGUGCUAUGCCCACCUUUACCAUGGGCAUUGGCUUGAUCCUUUCUGGCACAUUAACCGCCACGAAAUGCUUAAUAUGUGCUUUGUCCACUUCGUGACUGUUGCCAAGUACUACAAGUUGGUGGCGGACAAGGAGAUGGAGCCUAUGCAGCCUCUUAUCGACCUUUUCAUGAGGCAAGAGAAGAUCCCCCCAGAGGCUAUCGCCGGCCACUGGGCAUCUCAAGAAGCUGCCAACGCGGCGGCUCCGACAACGGCGCCAGCGACCAACCCCCCUGCUUAA